AUGAGGCCGAAGAGGCAACCUCCUUCAUUGGCUGCCUACGCUAGCCUGCGGGCACAUUCAGCCCACGGCUUGCACCCCAGCCCUCUGGGCCUGACCUCCAGGCGGACAAGACCCAAUCUGGGCCCUCGAGUUUCCGAACUUGAUGCAUCCAACUUGACUUCCCUCAAGCGGGCCUCAGAUCGGCCGAUUUCAACAGUCAUUAUUCCGGGGAAGCCGAAGACCACGGCAUCUUCGCCUUACACACCAACUCGGCGGACCCUUUCCCCACAACCCGACUUGCUAUCUGGCACCAAAAUUGAUAAAGACGAAAAAAAGGCCUGGCCAGAGAAUGCCGACUUGCAGAGCAAUGGCCCUUCGGCUAUGGGCACCCCCUUGGUGGUUGGUAGCGUCACCAAUUACUAUAAUGAUGGGAUCGUUUUUCAGAUUGGUGGACCCUCAGCUCAUCAGGUCAGGCAAGUACCAAGCCCUGGUAACUACAUCCAUGAUCAAUCUCAAUCCCAGUAUCAGUACCAACAGCAACGGGAACAGAAGGAUGUCAUUUCUGGCAACUUGGAGAGGAAAGAGACACCGGCUUGGCUAGGCAGAAGAGCUCAAGAAUGCUCGCCUCUAUUGCGAUACACUUCGGUAGGCAAAUUUAUUAUCAGAUUUCAUCUGUAUAGUGACCAAAAAAUGCCAGUUGGAAAACAUUUUGAAACAACCUUUAUAAGUACCUUAAAUCAAAGCUAA